ACAAUUAUCAAUUAUCAAGUUUCUUCAAUCACCGUUACUUCUUCAACCAAAUCCCUUUCCUUCUCGCGAUUUAGGGUUUUCCGAUUUCAACAAUGACCAAUCUCAACGGUAGCGCUGAAGCACACGCGCGAUCCAAACAAUACAACUACGCUUCCAAUUCCUCCCUCGUCCUCACCUCCGAUUCACAUCCCACCGCUGAACGGACCACCGGCGAACCAGAAUCACUUUCCGGUAGAAUCGAUCUCAAGGUUUUUGGCGAUCGUGCUUUUCGUAACCGUCCUCCUAAGAGAAACCUAAUCGAUGAAUUUGACUCCGGAGGUUAUCGUAGGAACAAACAGCGUCGUCUUCAGAGCGAAAGCCAGAGUGUACUCAAUGCCGUUGAUAACGGUGUUUACGAGCCAAAGACGAAGGAAACUCGUGCUGCUUAUGAGGCGAUGUUGAGUGUAAUCCAGCAGCGGUUUGGUGGUCAGCCGCUUGGGAUUAUCAGAGGUGCUGCUGAUGAGAUUCUUUCCAUUCUGAAAAACGACUCUGUUGGUGACAAGAAGAUUAACAUUGAGAAACUGCUUAACCCUAUCACUGAUACUGUGUUUAAUCACCUUGUUUCGAUUGGAAAGCUUAUAACUGAUUUUCUGGAGUUUGAGGAUGUGGAGGGUGGUUUUGAUUCUUUUGACGGUGUUGCAGUGGAAUUUGAAGAGAAUGAAGAUGAUGAUGAGAAGGAUGUUGAUGUGGUGGUGGAGGAGGAAGAAGAGGAUGAGGAUGAGAUUUUUGAAAUAGGUGACUAUGCAAUGCAAAUAGGUGGUGGAAUUGUUGUUGAAGAAAUUGAGAAAGUAGAUGAUGAAGAAUUGAAUGUGCAUGAUAUUGAUGCGUAUUGGCUUCAGAGGAAAAUCUCGCCGGCUUUUGGACCAGAGAUUGAUCCGGAAAAUUGUCGAAGGCUUGCUGAAGAGGUGUUGAAGGUUUUGGGUGAGGCUGAUGACAGAGAAGUGGAGAAGAGGUUGUUGGGGUAUUUUGAUUUGAAUAAGUUUAGUCUUGUUAAGUUUCUAAUGCAGAAUAAGUUGAAGAUUGUGUGGUGUACUAGCUUGGCCAGGGCGAGGGAUCAAGAAGAGAGGGAUAAAAUUGAGGAAGAGAUGAAGGGGUCGAAUUUGGAGUCAAUUUUGGAGGAGUUAUAUGCUGUGAAAGCCUCUACUAUAGAGAGGGAGAAGAACUUGGAGAAGAGUAUAAGGUACGAGGCUCGAAGGUUGAAAGACGGGGACAUGGACAUUGAUAGGGGAACUGGUGAUGGAGUUGGGGAAAAUGGGGGUCAACGCCGGAUGCUUGAUUUGGAUAACCUUGCUUUUGAACAAGGUGGUUUGUUUAUGACAAAGGGAAAAUGUGAUCUUCCUGAUGGGUCUUACAGGCUUCCGAGAAAAGGUUAUCAAGAAAUUCAUGUGCCUGCCUUGAAGGCUAAACCCAUUGAUCCUAAUGAGAAACUUGUGAAUAUUGGUUAUAUGCCGGAUUGGGCACAACCAGCCUUCAAAGGAAUGAUACAAUUGAAUAGAGUGCAGAGCAAGGUAUAUGAGACUGCUCUGUUUAAAUCGGAUAAUCUUUUACUUUGUGCUCCAACUGGUGCUGGAAAAACCAAUGUUGCUGUUCUUACCAUACUUCAAGAGAUUGCACGGCAUAGAAAUCCUGGUGAUGGUUCAAUUGACCAUAGUGCUUAUAAAAUUGUUUAUGUUGCGCCUAUGAAAGCUCUUGUAACUGAGAUUGUUGGCAAUUUAUCUAAUCGUCUGCAGGAAUAUGAUGUUAAGGUUAGGGAGCUUAGUGGAGACCAGUCACUAACACAGAAACAGAUGGAAGAGACUCAAAUUAUUGUCACAACUCCUGAGAAGUGGGAUAUUAUUACACGAAAGUCGGGUGAUCGAAUUUAUACUCAGCUUGUGAAGCUUCUUAUCAUUGAUGAGAUUCAUCUUCUUCAUGAUAACAGAGGGCCUGUUCUUGAAAGUAUCAUUGCUAGAACAGUCAGGCAGAUUGAAACAACGAAGGACUAUAUUCGGUUGGUGGGAUUGUCUGCUACACUCCCUAAUUUUGAAGACGUGGCGCGGUUCUUGCGUGUUGAUCAUAAUAAGGGGUUGUUUUACUUUGAUAAUAGUUAUAGACCCGUUCCUCUUUCUCAGCAGUUUAUUGGAAUUACAGUGAAGAAGCCUUUUCAAAGGUACCAGUUGAUGAAUGAUAUCUGCUUUGAGAAAGUUAUGGCUGAAGCCGGAAAGCAUCAGGUUCUUAUCUUUGUACAUUCAAGGAAAGAAACUGCUAAAACAGCAAGAGCCAUCAGAGAUACUGCACUUGCAAAUGACACUCUUGGUAGGUUCCUUAAAGAAGAUAGUGCAAGCCGUGAGAUUCUUCAUAGUCAUACCGAUCUUGUGAAGAGCAAUGAUCUCAAAGAUCUUCUGCCAUAUGGUUUUGCUAUUCAUCAUGCUGGUAUGACAAGAACAGAUCGCCAGCUCGUUGAGGAUCUUUUUGCUUCUGGACAUGUUCAAGUUUUGGUAUCCACUGCUACCCUUGCCUGGGGUGUGAAUCUCCCGGCUCAUACGGUUAUAAUUAAAGGGACAAAGAUUUAUAAUCCUGAAAGAGGAGCAUGGACUGAAUUGAGUCCUCUUGAUGUGAUGCAGAUGUUGGGUCGUGCCGGAAGGCCACAGUAUGACUCAUGUGGUAUGGGAAUUGUUGUUACUGGCCAUAGUGAGUUGCAGUAUUAUCUCUCUCUUAUGAAUCAACAACUUCCUAUUGAGAGCCAGUUUAUUUCCAAGCUGGCCGAUCAGCUGAAUGCGGAAAUUGUUCUCGGUACCGUUCAAAAUGCGAAGGAAGCUUGCAAUUGGAUCGGAUACACUUACUUGUACGUGCGUAUGUCAAGGAAUCCUUCUCUGUAUGGUUUAGCACCGGAUGUUGUUAUGCGGGAUAUAACAUUGGAGGAGAGGAGGGCUGAUUUGAUUCAUUCGGCUGCGACCAUCUUAGACAGAAAUAAUUUGGUGAAAUAUGAUAGGAAGAGUGGAUAUUUUCAGGCCACUGACUUGGGUCGAAUUGCAAGCUACUACUAUAUAACACAUGGAACCAUAUCCACGUACAAUGAGCAUUUGAAGGCUUCAAUGGGAAACAUAGAGCUUAGUCAACUGUUCUCUCUUAGUGAAGAAUUCAAAUAUGUAACAGUAAGGCAAGAUGAAAAGAUAGAGCUAGCAAAGCUUUUGGAUCGUGUUCCCAUUCCCGUGAAGGAAAGUCUGGAGGAUCCAAGUGCCAAGAUAAAUGUUUUACUGCAAUCAUACAUUUCACAAUUAAAGCUCGAAGGACUCUCAUUGACAUCUGACAUGGUUUUCAUAACCCAGAGUGCUGGACGCCUUUUGCGGGCUCUUUUUGAGAUUGUCCUGAAACGUGGCUGGGCGCAAUUGGCUGAGAAGGCCUUGAACUUAUACAAGAUGGUGACCAAGAGGAUGUGGAGUGCCCAAACACCACUUCGUCAGUUCAAUGGAAUUCCAAAUGAUAUAUUAACAAAAUUGGAGAAGAAGAAUUUGGCAUGGGAAAAGUAUUAUGACCUAUCAUCACAAGAAAUAGGUGAACUUAUUCGCGCACCAAAGAUGGGGAGGAUCCUUCAUAAAUUUAUUCAUCAAUUCCCAAAAUUGAACCUUGCUGCCCAUGUGCAGCCAAUUACUUGCUCAGUUUUGGGGGUUGAGCUCACAAUAACUCCAGAUUUCUCAUGGGAUGACAGAGUACAUGGAUGUGUUGAGCCGUUUUGGGUGAUUGUGGAGGAUAAUGAUGGGGAAAAUAUCCUUCAUCACGAGUAUUUUAUGCUGAAAAAACAAUAUAUUGAUGAGAAUCAUACUUUGAAUUUCAUAGUACCAAUAUAUGAACCUCUUCCUCCUCAAUACUUUAUCCGUGUUGUUUCUGAUAGGUGGCUUGGAUCCCAAACUGUUUUACCUGUUUCUUUCAGGCACAUAAUUUUACCUGAAAAGUAUCCUCCACCUACUGAGCUGUUGGAUCUGCAGCCACUGCCUGUGACAGCCUUACAAAGUCCUUCUUAUGAAACUCUUUAUCAGGAUUUUAAGCAUUUUAAUCCUAUACAGACACAAGUCUUCACAGCUCUGUAUAAUUCUGAUGACAAUGCCUUAGUUGCUGCUCCGACUGGGAGUGGUAAGACUAUAUGUGCAGAAUUUGCAAUUUUGAGGAAUCAUAAAAAAGGGUCUGAUAGUGUCAUGCGUGUUGUUUAUGCAGCACCCAUUGAAGCUCUUGCCAAGGAACGGUAUCGUGAUUGGGAGAAGAAAUUUGGGGGUGGUCUUAAAUUGGCAGUAGUUGAAUUAACUGGAGAAACAACAACAGAUCUGAAACUGCUUGAGAAAGGUCAGAUUAUUAUUAGUACUCCAGAGAAAUGGGAUGCUUUAUCCCGCCGUUGGAAACAGAGGAAACAUGUUCAACAAGUUAGUCUUUUCAUCAUUGAUGAGCUACACUUGAUUGGAGGUCAAAGGGGUUCAGUUUUAGAGGUUAUUGUGUCUCGGAUGAAAUAUAUUGCUAAUCAGGUUGAAAAUAAGAUUCGUUUUGUGGCUUUAUCAACCUCAGUUGCAAAUGCCAAGGAUUUGGGAGAUUGGAUCGGAGCUACCUCCCAUGGCCUAUUCAAUUUUUCACCCGUUGUUCGUCCUGUGCCAUUGGAAAUACACAUUCAGAGUGUAGAUAUUGCCAAUUUUAAGGCGAGGAUGCAGGCGAUGACCAAACGAACUUACACUGCGAUUGCUCAACAUGCUAAAAAUGGGAAACCAGCCCUUGUAUUUGUGCCUACAAGAAAGCAUGUCCGAUUGACAACUAUGGAUCUGAUUACAUACUCAAGUGCAGACAGUGGAGAGAAAUCGUUUUUAUUGCAGUCCACAAAAGAACUUGAACCUUUUCUUAACAAGAUUAGUGAUGAAAUGUUAAAAGUCACAUUACGUGAAGGGGUUGGCUACUUGCACGAGGGAUUGAGUAGUCUUGAUCAUGACAUUGUGGCGCAACUAUUUGAAGCUGGUUGGAUUCAGGUCUGUGUUUUAAGUAGUUCCAUGUGCUACAGAGUUACGUUGUUAGCUCAUUUGGUUGUUGUGAUGGGCACACAAUACUAUGAUGGGGAGAAUGCACAGACAGACUACCCUGUUACUGAUCUUCUGCAGAUGAUGGGUCAUGCCAGUCGUCCUUUGGUGGACCAUUCUGGAAAGUGUGUCAUCUUAUGCCAUGCACCUUCUAAGGAGUAUUACAAAAAGUUUUUGUUCGAAGCAUUCCCGGUUGAAAGUCAUCUUCAUCACUUUUUACAUGAUAAUAUGAAUGCUGAAAUUGUUGCUGGAAUUAUUGAAAACAAGCAAGACGCUGUAGAUUAUCUUACAUGGACAUUCAUGUACAGGCGUCUCACCCAGAAUCCCAACUAUUACAAUUUACAAGGAGUUAGUCACAGGCAUCUUUCUGAUUACCUCUCUGAGUUGGUGGAAAAUACAUUGAGUGAUUUGGAAGCAAGCAAGUGUGUUUCUAUAGAGGAUGAUAUACAUUUGUCUCCUCUUAAUCUUGGAAUGAUAUCAUCCUACUAUAACAUAAGUUACACAACAAUUGAAAGGUUUUCAUCAUCUAUUACUUCAAACACAAAAAUGAAGGGGCUUUUGCAAAUUCUGUCAUCAGCAUCAGAAUAUGCUUACCUUCCAAUACGGCCUGGGGAAGAAGAGGUGGUUCGCAGGUUAAUAAAUCACCUAAGGUUUUCUUUUGAAAGCCCCAAAGUUAAAGAUCCACAUGUCAAAGCCAAUGCCUUGCUUCAGGCUCAUUUUUCAAGGCAGUCUGUAGGUGGGAACCUUGCAUUGGACCAGAGAGAGGUGUUGCUUUCUGCAAAUAAACUGCUUCAGGCAUUGGUGGAUGUAAUAUCGAGCAAUGGUUGGCUGAGUUUGGCUCUUCUUGCUAUGGAAGUUAGUCAAAUGGUGACACAAGGAUUGUGGGGACGUGACUCUAUGCUGCUACAACUUCCUCAUUUCACAAAGGAUUUGGCUAAGAAAUGCGAGGAGAACCCAGGGAAGAGUAUAGAAACCAUCUUUGAUUUAUUGAAGAUGGAAGAUGUUGCGAGGCGUGAAUUGUUAAACAUGCCAAAUUCAUACUUAUUUGACAUUGCUCGCUUUUGUAAUCGCUUUCCUAAUGUUGAUUUGUCGUAUGAAGUCCUGCAAAAUGACAGUGUCCGGACUGGUGAGGGUAUAACAAUACGUGUCACUCUGGAGAGGGAUAUCGACGGUAAGACAGAAAUAGGACCUGUUGAUGCUCCUAGGUAUCCAAAAGCCAAGGAGGAAGGAUGGUGGCUUGUUGUUGGUGAUACCAAAACCAACUCGUUACUUGCAAUUAAGCGGGUUUCCUUGCAGCGGAAAUUAAAAGCCAAACUGCAGUUUGCUGCACCUGGUGAUGCUGGAAAGAAAUCUUACAUACUUUAUUUCAUGUGCGACUCAUACAUGGGAUGUGAUCAAGAAUAUAGUUUCACGGUUGAUGUUAAGGAAGCAGAUGGUGGCGAUAAAGAUAGCAGCAAAGAAUGAAGAGUAUUUGCUAAUGUGAGAAGAAAUGGAAUGAUUAUGGAAGUUGAACUUGUUAGUGAUCGCAAAAUUAACCAUGAUGAAGCUCGACUUGUGAUGGAAUGGACCAAACAGAAAGUUAAGUCUCAAUCCCUCUAGAGGAUUUUCUUGUUCAACCCGUAUUUCGUUUGCUUUCCAUGUCGCUAAUCAGCUGCUGUUACUGCAGAAUUAGGAGUGCAGGUGCAACUGAAGAACUGUCUUUAGAUUAAACAUUUCCUAUGUUCCACUAAAUGAGAUACAUUUACCCUUGGCUUCAAAUUUCCACUCUGGUUGACAUUCAAUGGGUAGUAGUAGUUUGUAUUGUUUACAACUUAUUCAUUUUUAUGCGUGCAGAUUGCCUACAUAUUAUCAAAUAUCAAUAAUCUCAAGCUUAAAUAAGAUCCAAAAGGUAUAUAGAUUUAUACUAUUUUUUCAUAAAAUUAUAUUAGAUCAUCUGUCUAAGGAGAAAAUCAAGUUUAAUAUAUUAUGAUCUUAAGUGUACCACCUUGUGCACUAUUUUGGUCUUUUACCAUAAAAAAAAUGGACAAACUAUCCCAUCAUUAAGGAUCUUCGGCUAGUUUAGAGUGAAGGUGUGCCCGGUGUCUAACAUAUGUCGGUGUCAGAAACCAACAAGAUACCAACACAUGUGGUUACAUUUAAUCACUUUCAUUCUCCCAAAUUAUUAGCGGUAUCUAACUGUCGGUGGUGUUCAAUGUUUGUGUUUGUGUCUGUGAGUGUUUCAUAGUUAUGAUUAUUGGAUAAUAGAGUCUGCUCUUAACAAUACCAUUAAGUUCAUGGUCUAAAAUGUUCUCAGAUUUCUAAAGGUCUUCUAAGCUAGGUUCAAUACCAGAAUAUUUUUCUUGCUCUUAUUAGGCAUAAUUUUCUGUCCUUCAAAUUAGAAUCAUUACUAUCUUCUAUGCCCGGCUUAUAGAAUAUGAUAUUCUUUUUGUAUUCUUAAGCUUUUUCAGGUUGUGAUUUACUGAAAAUGAAUUUAGCUAUAAGUUAUUUGGCUGAAAACUAAAACUAUGUUUAAUGAUUUGUUAUCAAUUUGUUCUUGUUGUAACUGUUCAAUAUGUGUAUUCUAUGCUCAAUUGUGUAAAUGAAUGACACGGAUAAUAGUUUAAAUCAAUUUCUGAUGAUAGUUGUGGUGCUGUGUUACAUGAUAUUCUAAUGCAACAUCCCUUCAUACAAAUUAAGUAUAAGUUAAUGCAACAUCUGUUUCUACAUCUUGAUUUCAUAAACUGUUUAUCACACAACCAGUAUCCACUAUCCAGUAUCCAUAUGUUGAAAAGAUGUACCUUUCGUAUAGCACCAACAUGCAUAGGAAGAUGUACCAAAAUGUCAAAUGCACCCAACCAACAUGUUCUCGUCAUGAUGACCUUGUUAUUUUAAACUACCACGUGCAAGCUGGUCCUGGAGUUGAUGAAUUUUUUGUCCUUAAUUUACAGUUUCAUGAAGUUGCAAUUGGAAGAUAUUACUGUACUUACUUACACGGUGAGGUUUAUGUUUUGUUCUAGUACGCACCAUACCUAAUCCUUAUUUGAAAAGUCACCUGAUUAUUGAGUACUAAUUACAUGCUUACAGCUUAUCAUUAGAUUGUGACAGAUAAGGAAGUACUUGCAGCGGCUAUUAGCAUUUAGCAUGCUACGUUGCUUAUAGAAAAUUUCUAACCCACGGAGCACUAAUUUAUACAGUAAGGCUAAAUUACAUAAAAGCUCUUGUAAGUUAUUCAAUUGUAACAACUUAGUCCUCUAAAUUUUUUGUUCUGCAUAGGUCUUUUAAAAAAUUUGAGAGAAGAUCUUUUUAAGUUGUAACGUUUAAACACGGAAUAACUUACAUUUUUAAGAUCUAAAAUUCCACAAAUCUGUUACGGUUAGAUAACUUAAAGGAUUUAAUUGAUACGGAAAAAACGUAAAAGAUCAACUUAUUUCAAUUAAUUAACUUAAAACCUAAGUGUUACGAAAAUACGGACCAACUUAUUACAAUUAAAUAACUUAAAAGGUCUCUAGUGUAAUGCAACUUUUUCUAUAGGAUAUAUCUUUAAAAAAACAUAAAAGAUUUCACAAUUAUUCUUCUAAAAAAAUUGUUUUUUUUAAUAGAGUAUAUCUCUACGACACAAUUUUUUUUUCCCGAUGUGUAUAUUUUAGAGUGUGAUCUUACAAGGCAAGGAAAUGAGUAAAUAAUUAUUUGUCUUAAAUGUGAGACACUAUUUCAUUAUAGUUUGUGAGUGUAUCAAAAUUUUUAACACGUUUUCAAUUGUUUAUUGUUGGUAAUUUUAUAGACUAUAUUGACUAACAAAAAACAUUCAAAUGCCAAAAUGACUAACAUAAAAUUCAUUUAGCUGUUUUUUUUUUAAUCAUAAUGCAUUCAAUAAUUAUUGUGUUGUGAUAGUAUCAAACAGAUUCGAAAGAAUAAAAUGACUAUUUACUUGAGGGAGAUUUCUUCCCUAAAGUCAAUAGAUUUCUUAUUGGAACACCGAGUUUUGUUCA